CGCAAGCCUUCCAAGGAAGUUCAAGAGACGGUAUGCGCUAGUUGCGCUCUGACUCGCGAGUCUAAUCAUGGCGAGCUGGACCAGUGGAUAAGUUGUAACGGCUGUCAAUUAUGGUUCCAUUUCGAUUGUGCUGGCUUCAAGAAUGAGCGCGAUGUGAGAGAUGUCAGCAAAUUCUUCUGCAAAGCCUGUGAACCCAAGCAUGGCUCAACAACGUUUGUCAGGAAGUCGGGUCGUGCUCACGCAGCUGUCGACUAUGCCGGCUUGAACCAAGGCAUUCUCAAGACAUCUGACGAUAAUCCUGAACACCACUACAUUCAGCCAAUCAAGGACGGCUCCUUCACCUUUGACCAGGAGAUGUUUCCACGCAUGCGUCCUGAGCUCGUCACUCGCGAAUUCUUCGAGACUUGCUCUUCGUUCUCUGAACCUGUCGUAAUACCAGCCGAGUAUAACCCCAAGCUCUCUGAACAGCAACCAGUUUCAGCGCGCGAUAACGAGGAAUAUGAUGUUGCUUUUACUGGAAUGGAAGAAGAAGAGGCUCUUCUGCACGACUUCGAAUACGAGACAGUGCCCGAUGACGGUCAGGACCGUCUAGAUAUGGUUGUGCCUCGAGGUUUGACUGUCAGACACGUUGCUGAGCUUGUAGGCCCACAUGAACCUCUCGAGGUGAUUGAUGUCAAGACUCAAGGCACCGAAGGCAAAUGGAAUCUGGCAAAGUGGGCAGACUACUACGAAGCUGACGGUGAGAAAGCUGUUCGCAACGUCAUCAGUCUGGAGGUCUCCUCUACCAAACUUGGCAGACUGCUAAGAAGACCUAAGGUCGUCAGAGACAUUGACCUGCAAGACUCGGUUUGGCCAGAGGAAGAAACGCUAAAAGACAACUUCCCAAAGGUACAGUUCUAUUGCCUCAUGUCCGUCGCUGACAGCUUCACGGACUUUCACAUCGACUUUGGCGGCUCUUCAGUGUACUACCAUAUUCUGCGUGGCAAGAAGACUUUCUUCUUCAUUCCACCAAAGCCAGGUCAUCUCAAGAAAUACGAAGACUGGAACAACUCGCACGAGCAAAACUUUACGUGGUUGCCAGAUGCUACAAAGGAAUGUUACAGAGUUGAUCUUUCUGCAGGUGAUACCAUGCUGAUUCCUUCUGGUUGGAUUCAUGCUGUUUGGACGCCGGAGAACAGUUUGGUCAUCGGAGGCAACUUCUUGACUCGUAUGCACUACUCAACUCAAUUUCGGAUUGUGGACAUCGAGAAAGCCAUCAAAACUCCUCAGAAGUUCAGAUAUCCACACUUCCAGAAGGUCAUGUGGUACACUGUUAUCAAAUACCUAGAGACAGAUCCCCUGCCUGCAGAAGUCGCUCAGGUCUUUUACAGUGGCGCGAGAUUUGUCCGCGAGCGACCUGUUUGGGAACAGUUUAAUCAGCAUGGCAAGCUCUCAAGUUGUGCUCCAGGUAGUGCUCACUACAACUGCCGGUACUACUCCCAGGCUGAGCUGGACGGACUACCAGACUUGAUUAACUUCAUCUUCCGUACUGUCAUGAUCGCACUCGGCCGAAUCGAAGGUGUGACAGAGGACACUCGCAAGAAGGUCAUGAGAUCCAUACCAAAAUCGCAUGGCGAACCUCUUGAGCUGGCCAGAACGUUCGCUCUCUGGGUAGCAUGGAAACGAGGCAAUGAGGAUCCACCGGCCUGGGCCCAUCCUGAUGCUGAUCUUCCAGAUAAGGAGAGCGCUGCUCCCAAAAAGCUAAGCGCCCGAGCACUGAAAGCUAUGCAAAGACAAGAAGCAUUUGAGGCUUACAGAGUCGCUCCUGAGAGACAGUCUGCUCGCCAGAAUGCAUCUCGAGAACCCGAGCUCACCACCGCCACGGCGCCCAUGCUUUCAAUGCCUUCCGCAUCGGUGUCUCAAAUACAAACUACACCUGGCCCUAGCGGCCAGCACACAAGCACGCCAAAAACAUCAGUACUCGGCCCUAAGAGAGUCGCAUGCGAUGCAUGUCGGAAGCGUCGGAUCAAGUGCAAGCAUAAAGACGUAGUCACCACGAGCACACCAUUUGGGCAACCAACUGUGAUGUUCCAGUCAACACCCUCCGCGGCUGAGCAAGCCACGCCGAUAACGCCCUUCAGCCAGCCUCUACCGAACUCCGAGCAACACAUGCAAAACAUGCCAAGUAUUCAGAGUUUGCAGAGUCUCCAGGGUUCACAAGGUUUGCAGAAUGGACACACCAAUCAGAUGGUGGGCAUAGCUCCUAUGGCGCAAAUGACCUCGACAGACGGCGUCGGUCCUGCUAUUAUCCCUGGGAAUGCAUUGCUAGCAGAUCCGAAUAGCAAGCGCGGUAGGAGUAAGGCAUGUCUUGACUGCCGCAAGAGCAAGCGCCGUUGUAUUCAUGACGAAAACGGCAAGAUCGAUCCUGUCAAGGCUGAACAGACGCCAGUUCCUCGUGGUUCGGUUGUGUCCAAGAAAAGAAGGACCAGCGGAGAUAUGGAAAGCCCGAUCAAGAAGUCAAAGCAA